CCAUAACCUUCAGCUUCUUCCUCCGCCUCCUCCUCCACCUCCCAAAGCACCUCUCCCUCUCUCUCCACUCACCUUCGCCCUCUCUGACCUAUUUGACAUAGAUGGACAUGUUGCUACAUUUGGGCAUCCAGAGUGGGCUAGGACACACGAAGCUGCCUCUCAGACAUGUCCUGUGGUAUCUGCGCUGGUCGAAGGAGGUGCAACCUGCAUUGGGACUACUGUUGUUGAUGAACUAGCUUUUGGUCUUAGUGGUGAAAAUAAACAUUAUGGAACGCCAACCAAUCCUGCUUUGCCUGCUCGAGUACCAGGCGGCUCCUCCAGCGGUGCUGCUGUUGCUGUGGCUGCCAAUUUGGUUGAUUUUGCCCUUGGUGUUGAUACCGUUGGAGGGGUAAGAGUGCCUGCUGGAUUUUGUGGCAUUUUAGGAUUUCGACCUUCAUAUGGGGCAGUCUCUCAUGUUGGAAGCAUACCUGUUUCAAAAAGCCUGGACACCAUUGGCUGGUUUGCAAGGGAUCCUAAUAUUUUGCGACUUGUUGGGCAUAUACUUAUGCAAGUACCAUAUAUAUUUCAACGCAAUCCACGCCAAAUAAUUAUAGCUGAUGAUUGUUUUCAGCAACUAAAUGUCCCUCUCGACAGAAGUUCUCAGUUGGUCAUCAAAUCUGCUGAGAAGCUUUUUGGAAGGCAAGUAUUGAAGCAUAUAAAUCUUGAGGACUAUUUAAGUUCUAGUGUUCCUACUUUGAAAGAGCUCUCCAGUCUAAAAACAAAUGGUGAACUUAAAGUUUCGUCAUUGAAAUCACUUGCAAAUGUUAUGCAGUUUCUACAAAGACAUGAAUUUAGACUUGUGCAUGAGGAGUGGAUAAACACAGUAAAGCCUGAUCUUCAUCCAGCUGUUUCAGCAGAUUUAUAUGAAAAGUUUGAGGUAUCUGAUGUAGAGGUUGAACACUUUAAAUCCAUUAAAAAUGAAAUGCGUGCUGCUGUCAGAUCUCUUUUGAAGAAUGAAGGAAUAUUGGUUAUUCCUACUGGAGCUGAUCCUCCUCCAAAGUUGGGUGGCAAAGAGAUCUCAUCAAAGGACUAUUGGAGUCAUGCAUUUAGUUUGCUAAGUAUUGCUAGCAUAUCAGGAUGCUGUCAGGUCACAAUACCAUUAGGAAUUUACGAGAAGUGUCCUGUUUCGGUGUCCUUAAUAGCUCGGCAUGGUAAUGAUUGCUUUCUACUGGACACACUACAGACCAUGUAUUCUACACUCCAAGAGCAGGUUGAUAUUGCUGCCAAAAGUAAAUCACCAAGAAAUGUUGUCACUAAGGAAGAAGCUGCUGAAAUUGCGAAAGAAAGGGGAAAUCAAGCUUACAAAGACAAGCAGUGGCAGAAAGCCAUUGGAUUUUAUUCGGAAGCCAUAAAACUGAGCAGCGACAAUGCAACAUACUACAGUAAUAGGGCCCAAGCAUAUCUAGAACUUGGAAGUUACCUCCAAGCUGAGUCGGAUUGUACAAAAGCAAUUAGCCUUGACAAAAAGAAUGUCAAAGCGUAUUUUCGAAGAGGUAGAGCAAGAGAGAUGCUUGGCUACUAUACUGAUGCAAUCGAUGGUAGGAUCUUUCACUCGGUUCAGACUUGCGUGCGACAAGUAUCUGCAUGCUACUAUAUUUCCCUGUAUUUUCAACAUGCCUUGGUACUUGAACCAACCAACAAAAUGGCAUCCUCCGCUGCUGAAAGAUUGAGGAAACUAUUCCAGUAGAUAUAUCAUUCUGUCCACUAUAUGUUAUGGCUUCGAUAAGUCGUUGCUGGCUGCCGAAGGGUUCCAGAAACAUGAAGGUUUUGAACCUACUCAUUUCUUGUUAUAGUAUUCAUACAAUAUUGUGUUAGGUGGUGUCAGCAAAAUUAUACUUAUUCUUUGUCCUUUAAGGCAAUGAAAGCUAGUAUUAUUCAAGUUCUACAUCACUAGUGUUACUGCCAAAAGUAAUUUAAGGUCCAAUUUUGCUUUAGGUAAAUACAUUACGAUUGUAAUGUUCUACAAGUGAUGUGAGAUUGUGAGGUAUAGUGCUCAUGACUAAAGCUCAAUAUUUUGAUUUUGGGAUCAUUGGUCUUUGAAUUUUCUAAUAAAAGCACUCACCAUUGGUGUCUGAAGGUAUCUUACUACCUUGUGGUAAGAUCUCAAAUACCUCAUUUUUAUUUUACU